AUGUGGUCGUUUCAUUUCUCUAAGAAGAAAUUCAUCGAUUUUUUUGAUGUGCUAAGGAUUGAAGAUAAUUCUAGUCAUCCAGCACCAAAAGAAGUGUACGGUUAUCGAAUCUAUCUUUUAGCACUAUCCGCUGCUGCUGGCUCCUCAAUGUUUGGUUAUGACUCGGGUUUUAUUGGUGGUACCCUUACCCUUCCGGCCUUUACUGCAAAGUUUGGCUUGGAUUCAGCUACAGGUGAUGCAUUAAGCAAACUCAAGUCUGAUAUUGUUUCGACUUUCCAGGGAGGUGCCUUCUUUGGUGCUUCCUUUUCCUAUUUUUUUAACGAGAAGUUCGGCCGUAAACGUACGCUUCUUAUAUUUUCUGCACUUUUCAUGAUUGGUGUUAUUCUCCAAGUUGCAUCUUCUGGUAAUGUUGGGUUAAUCUAUGCUGGACGUGCUAUCACCGGUGUUGCAGUCGGUACCACCUCUAUGGUAGUUCCCAUCUAUAUCGCCGAGUGGGCCCCUCCCGCUGCGCGUGGUCGUCUAGUGGGUCUUUAUGAAUGUGUCUACCAAUGCUCAAGUGUCAUUGCUUUUUGGGUUGAUUAUGGUGUGAAGAUCAAUAUUUCGGACACUUCUGAUAGUCAGUGGUUGAUUCCAUUUGGUCUUCAAUUCAUUUUUGGUGGUGCAUGCUUUUCCCUUAUGUUGCUUCAGCCAGAGUCUUAUCGAUGGUUGCUAAAGGCCGAUCGUGUUGACGAGGCUCAAAGAAACCUCAGCGUCAUAAGAAUGCUACCUAAAGAUCACGAGUACAUACUCUGGGAGAUUGCUACCGUCCAACAACAACUACAAGAAGAGUCUCAGCUGGUUAAGAUACCCGGCUAUGAUGAAGACGCAACCGAAGACUGGAAAGAGACAAUCAAGCACCCCACGAGAUGGGGUAUUGUUGCUAAGUUCAGAGAACUUAAGAAACCUGGAAUUCGUAAUCGUCUUUUGCUUGGGUUCUCUGUGAUGAUCUUCCAGAAUCUUGCCGGUAUCAAUGCUCUUAACUACUACUCCCCAACCAUUUUUAAAGAUAUCGGUGUGACCGGUAACUCUGUUGACCUUCUUGCCACAGGUGUGUUUGGUAUCGUGAAGGCAGUAACUAAUAUUCUUUUUGUUAUUGGUGGUGUCGAUAGAUAUGGUCGUCGCGGGCCUCUUUUAUUGGGAUCCUCGGUCACCUGUCUCUGCAUGCUCUACCUCGGAGUUUACACCUGUGUUGCUGGCUCAUUUGAUCAUACCGUUCCAAUGGAUUCUGGUUCUCGUUGUGCUAUUGCGAUGGUUUACAUUUUUGCAAUUUUCUUUGCCUUUUCUUGGAACUCCAUUCCAUUCAUAUUCUGCUCGGAAGUCUUUCCUACCCGUGUCAGAAAUUUGUGUAUGGCCAUGUGCGUUAUGAUGCAAUGGCUAAUGCAAUUUGUUAUUGUUUAUUCAAAUCCAUAUAUGAUGACUAACAUCAAAUAUGGCACUUUCUUCUUUUUUGCAGCUUGCUUGUUUGUCUCCGUUCCUUUCGUCUAUUUUCUUCUCCCAGAGACCAGGGGUCUUACCUUGGAGAAUAUGGAUAUUAUGUUCAACGAGCCCGGCUUUGCAAUUUCAAAGCGUUAUAGGACAAAGGCAAUUAUUGAGAAGCAGAAAGAGGAGGAAAGGCAGAAUGGUGGAUUUGCUUCUCUUCUGGAUAUUUCUAAAGACAAAAUUGAACACGAAGAAGAAAUGGAGGGAUCUCACUUUGAAUCUGAUAUUGAAGCAGAGAGUGUUGGAAUGUAA